UCAUAUCAAAGACUGAUGCAACUGUUGUUCUAGGAUAUUCUUCGGCUAGUCAAAUGCUGCAGUUCGUCAGUACAGUUACAUCAGCUAGAAACGCAUAUGGAAUUUUCUCUUGAUAGGCAGUGUUAUGCUUCACAUCAGUCGCUUUCCGAUAGUCGGUGGCUUAAGAAGUUUGGGAAGAUAAAGUGGUGAAAUUUUAAAAUAAGUGACAAUAGUAAAUUAAUUUAUAUUUUAUGGCUGAUUAUGAACGUAUUGAAAAGUGUUAUAAUCACAUUGCCUAAGGGCCUGUCAUCAAAGGCGCCUGGCAUUAUUUCAACAAGCGAAUUACCAAAGUCUGUGCCGAAAUUAAAUUUUACUACUUCUGUGUUAACUAAUAAACCGAAUAUGGAUACGAAGAAAAUCACUAAACACGAAGAAAUUCAGGAUGAAAGUUUAUCAUUCAAAACAGAUGUUUGCGUUCGUGGAAAAAAACGACGACUGGAUCAUUUGACAUGGGAAGAAAAACUUCAGAGAAAGAAAUUAAAAAAUAGAGUAGCAGCUCAAACAUCUCGGGAUCGUAAAAAGGCUAAACUUGAUGAAUUAGAAGAAACUGUUCGAAGGUUAAGAGAACAAAAUGAAUUAUUGACACAGGAAUGUUCGAUGUUAAGAUCGCAGAAUGAAGUGCUGAUUACAGAAACAAAAAGAUUGAGGAAAGAAAGAGAAAUCAAGAACACAGAAGACUUUGUUUGUUCCAUGUGUCAGAGUCGUGUCAGCUGUGCUGUGUCCUCACUGGGAUCUACAGUAUCCUCCACUCACCCUCUGCAGCAGGGUGGAACAACACAGCUGGCAUCAACUCUGACACAAACUCCAGGAGCAACAAUUCUUCUGAAGAUUCUGACCAUCUACUUCCUCUUGAAGAAUUGUUUAGUGAACUCCAAGGAGAUGAUUAUAUCGAACGACUUGAAAAACUUGCAGAAAGUCUUCUGCGAGAAGUUACAGCAGAAGUGGAAGCAAAUCCUCAUAGAACAAAUGAACAAGCAACAACCAAGGAAAAUACCACUGAGGAAUGUCACUAUUCAGAAAGAGUGGUGGGGCAGACAUCAAAAGAUGUGGAAACCAAUGGAACCUGUAGAAGCAUGAAUAUACAUCAAUCAUGGCAUCCUGUUUCUAGCACAGCUAGUACACCUUAUACCACAAGUACGAGCGUACCCAUGUCAAUAAAAUCAGAGAUUGAAAUAAAACAAGAAGUCGAUACACAUGAUUUAGAUACUAUUUAUGGUACUUACGACGAAGCAACCAAUUCUGUAAUGAUCAUUUAUCCUGGAGAUGAAACUAAUGUAAGCGUUCAAGAAUGCGUUCAAGAAGUAGUUACAGACAGUACUUGCACAAAUGAAGAUUCAACAUAUUUAACACCGAAUUAUUAUAUCGAUCACUUAUCUCCAUGUUACACGAACACGGAUUCUAUGUCACCUUCAAGUAUAUAUUCCGAAGAAAUGGAAACUAAUUAUACACAUUCCAAAUUGGAUUCUAAUGCAUCUGAUUG